GAGAGCAUUGCGCAGUUGUUCGAGCCAUGCCCGAAUGAUGAACAGUGUUGGCACUGUUGGACUUCGUCUCGUCUUGGCGAAUAGCGCUCCCACCUGACACUGGUGUAGUUGAGGUACUUGAUAGACUGAACCUCGUCAAGGGUCGUGAUUCCUGUUUUGAAGGAAACCACGAAUAGUUUGGAUGGUGCCUUUAAAGCAACGCCAGCAUGUAGCUCACGCACUUGCAAGGGCCGAAAACCGCAUUCCUUCAACAUGUUUUCAACGCGCAACUCAUUGCCGAAGCGCAGGCCCUUAAGAAUAACCCGAAAAGGUUUAUCCCCCGGGAAGUCGUGGGUAAAAAACUCACGGUUGAAGCUGGCUAAUAAAAAUUUAGCAGCUUCGUGAUCUUUCCACGUUUUGCAGAAUAUUCUGCAGCAACUAUCUGCAGAGAAACUAAACGAUGCGUCCAGUUCACCUCGUUGAGUAGCAGCACAGAGAGAGCUGUAUUGCUCUUCGUUUAGGUUACGCACUGUUACCGGUGGGAUUUUUUCAUUGCGAGAGAAAGUGCUCUCCGGAGUAAUGAGAUCACCGUCUGUUGCGUCCAGCAACAAGCGCUCCUCACUUAGUACGCGUUUCGGACUUUCGACAGUUUUUAACAACUUCGAAUGCGUUGAAAUUUUAGUACGACUUUAUUCGAAAGUUUAAAAUCAGCUGCGUUCAUCCGCUGCGUGUUGAAAGAGAGCUCAUCUCGGCGCGCGCCGAGUUUUUAUUCGUUUUCCAGCCUCCGGUCAAUCACCCUUCACCGCUGCUGGUGAGAGUUCAUGUUUUAGGAUUCUCCUGAGCGAAUUCGCUUCGUUUCGCCGGUGUUAUGUCCGCAGCUAAAAGAUGAUCCGCUCCGCUCCGCUGUCAAAACGACGUGGACCGUUGCGUACGCGACACUGACCCCCGGUGUUUGCCUCGUUAAACACAUUGUUUUGGUCUCACGUCGAUGUGUGCUAUCUUCACUGCCGGGCGUUCCAGGACUUUUCCGUUGCUAAGUUGCACCUGAACGCGUCGCACCGCACCGUCUUGCGAUUGCACGGCUUGGAUGAUCCGUCCUCUCGGCCAGCAGCCUCUGGGUAGCGCCUCAUCCACUAUCAGCACUAGGUCGCCCUCCUGUAGCGGACGCUGAUGUUGAAACCACUUGCUGCGUCUGGUGAGUGUUGUGCUGCCGAGGAGUCAAGGAAUGGUGAAAGAGGUUUUACGCCUGAGGAAGAGCCCAAUAAUAAGUGGUUUGGUGUUAGUGGUGCGUCGUCGUCGCUGUCAACCGGUACGUGUGUUAGUGGACGCGCGUUGAUUAUGUGUUCCACCUCGAUCAACCAGUUCAUCAAUACGGCGUCUGUGGGUGUCUUCGUAAACUGCAUGCCGGAUAAUGUUCGCUUCACGGAUUGUACCAAUCGUUCCCAAGCGCCUCCAAAAUGCGGCGCGCCAGGUGGGUUAAACGUCCAUUUCGUAUCGGGAAGAUACAUCGCUUUUAUGAUCUGGUCCGAAUUAAUGUGUUUCACGGCCUCUUUUAGUUCUCGAUCGGCUCCGACGAAGUUCGUUCCUCUGUCGGAUAGAAAUUCAAUAGGGGUGCCCCGACGAGCUAUGAAGUUACGGAUGGCCAUGAUGCAGGAGCUUGUUGUCAUACUGUGGGCGAUUUCGAUGUGCACCGCUCGUACUGUAAGGCAUGUAAAGAGCACGCCCCAACGCUUCUCCUGCCUACGCCCGAUGGCAACCAUGUACGGUCCGAAGUAAUCUAUCCCAGUAUAUGUAAACGGCCUCUCGUAUGGCGAUACACGAGCUUCUGGAAGUCCACUCAUCAUAGGAGGUUUCGGUGCGGCUUUGCGGAUCCUGCAUACCAUACAGUUUUUUCGCACUCGAUGACAGGCACUCCGCAGCGCUGGAACAUCGAAUCUUUGCCGUACCUCGUUCAUGACCGUUUGAUGAUUCUGGUGUUGAUACUUCCUAUGAUACUCCGCAAUCACUAGGUCGGUGAGCCAGCAUCUUUUAGGAAGUAUUAUCGGUCGUUUCAUGUCGUUCCCUACAAGGCGACAGGCAUCGAUCCGUCCUCGUACUCGUAACGCUCCGUCGCUGUCCAUAUAUGCGCUGCUUCUAUAAGGAGGACUAUUUUUAUUUAUUUUUCUUUUAGUGCCAUUCGAACC